AUGACCGGCGUGGAGGCCGAGCAGGAGUUUGACUUUGAUUUCCUCUUCGAGUUCAAGCACAGCGAUGAGGGCGGCGCAGCAGCAGCAAGGAAACACUACGGCUACUCCCCAGCCAACGUGGGUCCCGGCCUGCCUCUGACCGUGUCGCACCCGUCGCUGCCCGCCCCGUGCCACGGCCUGCAGACGCCCAACCCUCUCAUCUCCGUGGUGCCCUCCUCGGCCACCCACGCCUCGGGCUACGGAGGGCACCUGGAGGGCGGCGGCGGAGGAGCCUCCGACUACUACCUGCCGCCGCCCCCCGCAGCCAGGCCCAACGGGGGCCCCCCGGCGCUGGAGAGCCCCCGGAUCGAGAUCACCUCCUACCUGGGGCUGCACCACGGCGGCGGCAGCCACUUCUUCCAGGAGGAGGUGGCGGAGGAGGCCCUGCCCGGCGCCAAGCGCUCGCCCUCCACCGCCACCCUCCACCUGCCCAACAUGGAGGCCUACCGGGACCCCUCCUGCCUCAGCCCCGCCAGCAGCCUCUCCUCCCGCAGCUGCAACUCCGAGGCCUCCUCCUACGAGUCCAACUACUCCUACCCCUACGCCUCCCCCCAGACCUCCCCCUGGCAGUCCCCCUGCGUGUCCCCCAAGACCACCGAGGCGGAGGUGGAAGGCUAUCCGCGGGGCAUGGCGGCCUGCGGCCUGCUGGGCUCCCCGCGGCACUCUCCCUCCGCUUCCCCGCGGCCCAGCGUGACGGAGGAGAGCUGGCUGGGGGCGCGGGGCUCCUCCCGGCCCCCUUCCCCUUGCAACAAGAGGAAGCUGGGGCUCAACGGGCGCCAGGCCUCCUUCUCGCCGCACCGCUCGCCCACGCCGUCGCCGCAGGGCUCGCCACGGGUCAGCGUCACGGACGACACCUGGCUGGGGGUGGGCGGCGGCAGCCACUACGCCAGCUCGGCCAUCGUGGCAGCCAUCAACGCCCUCACCACCGACAGCACCCUGGACAUGGGCGACGGCAUCCCCCUGAAGGCCAGGAGGACGGGCCUGGAGCACGGCCCCGGCCUGGAGCACAGCCCCGGCCUGGAGCACGGCCCCGGCCUGGCCCUCAAGGCGGAGCCAGCGGCCGAGGAGCAGCAGGUCGCCGCUGCCGCCUCGGCCUCGCCCGCCGCGGACCUCUCUCCUGAAGACUUCUCCGGCUUCCAGCACAUCAGGAAGGGCAACUUCUGCGAGCAGUACCUGGCCGUGCCCCAGCACCCCUACCAGUGGGCCAAGCCCAAGGCGCUGUCCCCAGCGUCCUACGUGAGCCCAUCCCUGCCUGCCCUGGACUGGCAGCUGCCCUCUCACUCCGGCCCCUACGAGCUGCGCAUCGAGGUGCAGCCCAAGUCCCACCACAGAGCUCACUACGAGACAGAAGGCAGCAGAGGGGCAGUGAAGGCAUCAGCUGGGGGCCACCCCAUCGUGCAGCUGCAGGGGUACGUGGGCAGCGAGCCGCUGACGCUGCAGCUGUUCAUCGGCACGGCUGACGACCGCCUGCUGCGGCCCCACGCCUUCUACCAGGUGCAUCGCAUCACCGGCAAGACCGUGGCCACCAGCAGCCACGAGGCCCUGCUCUGCAACACCAAGGUGCUGGAGAUCCCCCUGCUGCCCGAGAACAACAUGAGAGCCAUCAUCGACUGCGCGGGGAUCCUGAAGCUGCGCAACUCGGACAUCGAGCUGCGCAAGGGCGAGACGGACAUCGGGCGCAAGAACACACGCGUGCGCCUGGUCUUCAGGGUGCACAUCCCCCAGCCCCAUGGCAGGACCCUCUCCCUCCAGGUGGCCUCCAACCCCAUCGAGUGCUCUCAGAGGUCUGCCCAGGAACUGCCUCUGGUGGAGAAGCAAAGCACCGACAGCUUCCCUGUCACCGGGGGGAAGAGGAUGGUCCUGACCGGCCACAACUUCCUGCAGGACUCCAAGGUCAUCUUCGUGGAGAAAGCUCCAGAUGGUCACCACGUGUGGGAGAUGGAAGCCAAGACUGACAAGGAGCUGUGCAAGCCAAACUCCUUGGUGGUCGAGGUGCCUCCCUUCCGCAACCAGAGGAUCAGCAGCCCUGUGCAGGUCAACUUCUACGUGUGCAAUGGCAAGAGGAAGAGGAGCCAGUACCAGCUAUUCACCUACCUCCCUGCCACUGUUCCCAUCAUCAAGACAGAGCCCACGGAUGACUACGAGCCUGCCCAGCCCUGUGGACCAAUGCCCCAAGGGCUCAGCCCUCUCUCCAAGCCCUACUACAGCCAGGGGCUGCUGCUGCCCCCCGAGCCACCGCCGGGGCCGUGCCUGGUGCCAGUCUUCGCCUCCUGCCAGCAGCGCAGCUCCCUGCUGCCGCCCGCCCCCAGCGCCAGCCCCAAGCUGCACGACCUCUCUUCCUCCUCCUCCUCUUCCUCCUCCUCGCCCUAUGGCCACCUGGGACUUCAGCACCCCGCUGGAGGCGUCGCCACCAUCCAGGAGGUGCCCAGGCCCCUGGUGGUGCAGCCCAGCCCCCCCGAGCCGCAGCCCUGCAGCCCAGCUCACUGCUCCUCCAUAACGGCUCCGCUGCAGCAGCUCCUGCCGAAGGCUCCCCGGAGGGAGGCUCCGCCCGGCCAAGCCCUGGCACUGCCAGAGGGGCACGAGGGAAGUAAGCAUAGCCUGGCCCCAAUCCCUGUAACCAUCAAGAGGGAGCCCGAGGAGUUGGACCAGAUGUACCUGGAUGAUGUAAAUGAGAUUAUAAGGAACGACCUCUCCAGCACCAAUGCCCACUCCUAG